CGGAAAUAGUUUGUGUUCACUUUGCUCUGUGGCUACAGGGGUUGAAACAAGUUUGCUGGUGCCUAGUUCGAGUCUUUGAAUCCUAAGCUAUGUUGGCCAUCAGAUUUAUGCUUCUAUUUCUGCUUGUUGCUGUGGUUUUGCCAGCUAAGGAAAGAUGGUACGGCAAGAAAUCAAAGCAUCCCUGGCCUAGGAAUUUUCGUCGUACACGUCCCAGAAUCUCCAAAAGUUGGCCUAGUAAUCCCAAGCAAAGUUCUGGCACUGGAGAUGGCUUCAUUAUUUUCUACGGAAACAAUGGGACAACAGCAGUGCGCCCUCGAUUAUCAGCUGGUCCUGAAUGUGGAUCUUUUAUACUGCCUAGUGAUGCCGAAGGAAUCCUUUACUCUGAGAACGACCAGUCAGCGAUGGAGUGCUUGACAACAAUAGAAAGUCCUGUUGGCACAACUAUCCAAAUGUCAUGCCCUCAUUUUGACCUGAAUCGAAAUGGAUGCAAUAAAGAACAACUCCUCGUGAGGGAUACUGCUAGUGGCAUCGUUUUAAGUGGCUGCAAGAGGGAAGGUAUCACGAUGACUACCACUUCAAACAUGUUGGAGAUAUUACACACAAGAAAACCAAUGCGAGGCAGGCAAUGCACUGGAGGCUUCAUGUGUACCAUAAGUGUUGGAAGAGGCCCGUAUGUCACAGGACAGUGUGGGACUUACACCUUAGAGCCAGAUCAUUUUUCAAUAUUGUUCUCCAACAACGAUGGUGGGAAAAGGCGGUGUAAUUACAAAAUCGAGGGUGCUACUGACACCAGUUUGCAGCUGAUAUGUCCAGUAUUUGAUCUAACGCCUGAUUGCAGAAAAGAAAAGUUGAUCCUCAAGGAUAAUGAGAGUCGUGAAAAAACAACUUUCUGUUGGGACGACGAGAAACCAGACAGAAGCGACCUGUCUAAUUCAGUAAACUUAGUUCACAAACGUUCACCUCUGAGGAAAAAGUGCUCUGGAGGUUUUCUGUGUUUCGUUGGUGCUACGGGUUCAGAAAUUACUGCCCCUCCUCCAGCACCAGGAAGCCCUCCUCCUCCUCCACCCUCGAGGCCAUUUUGCAGUGGCUGUGGGAUUGCUGAUAUAUCAGUGUCACGCAUCGUUGGAGGACAAGAUGCCACAGCUGGAGAAUAUCCAUUUAUAGCUCUUAUCAAAGUUGGCGGUAGUGUAUGUGGCGGCUCACUCAUCAAAAAGGACUGGGUGGUCACUGCUGCUCAUUGUUUUGUGUUAACUGGCAUACUCGCAGCAAGCCAUAAAGGUGACUGGCUUCUUCUCAGUAAUGUAAAGAGAGACCCCUGGUGGGGCAUUCCUAUGGAAGUCCUCAAUUUUGAGAAACUCGUAGAGGCCCUCGAUGGUAGUUCACUUCGCAGACCCAAGCCAGAGGGUGUAGAGCCUAUUCUUCUGAAAGGCCCAGGGACGAACUUCUGGGCGGCUGAACACAACCUAGCCAGCGAAAUAUCAGGAUUGUUGCUGUCAGCAGGGAAGAAUUUGGCUGGUACUGUCAGGGUCUCCCCGCACACCUCUGCCAGGAAGGGUCACCGUUGGCUCUUGAGGCAGUAUGGAGACCAAGGAGGACCCAGGGAAGCUGCACCUUCCAAACAAAGCCCUGACAGCGAGCCUGGUUGUCGUGCAGGGCAAAGGGUGCAAGAGGUAAUGUAUUACGUCAAACAACUGUUUCCUGCGGGAGGCGGGUAUCAGGGGUUGAGGGCGUCCUAUGCUGUUAUCACAGUGGAGCGUCGUCCCAGAGGGGAUGAAGGGGAUAUCCUCUCAGCAAAGGAUGGUGAUGGUGGUCUGGCUGUUGGCUGUCCGAGGAGAGGAGAGUUUUGCAGCUUGGAUGGCAGUAAACAGCACAAAAGACUACUGCACCAAACUUUCCAUCUCCAUGGUCUCGGCAUUAGGGAUCUGGCUUCGUACUUCAGGCGCAAGCUGACGAAGGAAGAGUUGGCGGAGGAUGCUCACCUCCUGCCUUCGUCCUUGGUGGUCCACCUCUGGCAGGAGGACCAGGUCCUGGAGCUUGUGCCAGGACAGUCUGGGGAGGUCACCAUGGGCUCCGACAAUGGAGUCGGAGAGGAGAAUGAGGAGAGAGUCGAUAUGUGUGGCAAUGAAGGCCCCCAUUUUGAACAAGAAGAAGAUGAAGGGAAGGAGCAAGGGCGCUCACACUUCCGUGCCUUGCUGCCGAACUGGCGGUGGAAGCAGCACCACCCGCUGUCUGGGAGGGGCUUCGGCGAUCGCUGGUAUGCUGCACAAACUGUGUCGUCCUGCUGUAGGACUGUUGCUGACAGAGGAGAGAGAGUUUGCAGCUUGGGUGGCAGUAAACAGCGUGAAAGCCCACUGCACCAGACUUUCCAUCUCCAUGGUCUCAGCAUUAGGGAUCUGGCUUCAGACUUCAGGUGCGAGCUGGCAAAGGAAGAGUUGGCAGAGGAUGCUCACCUCCUGCCUUCAUCCUUGGUGGUCCACCUCUGGCAGGAGGACCAGGUCCUGGUGCUUGUUCCAGGCCAGUCUGGGGUCCGAGGUGGUCAUGGGGUUGACCACAAGAUAAAAAAUUUGGGCGGCUCACUGGGGAACUGGGAUGGAGAAGACCUGGAUGAGCUCUCUCUUCAGGCCUUCGUAGGGCAACUCCCCGGUCUGGCUGUGCAUCCAUGGGGCAAGGCAUUUGAAGGCAUCCGCUGUGAGGGUCCCAGCAAUGACGUAUGCCUUGGUGCUGUCCCAGUUGAUGCCAUGGAUCCGCUUGAUGUGGUUCAGAAAUCACUGCCUCCUCCUCCAGCACCAGGAAGCCCCUCCUCCUCCUCCACCCCUCCCCUCGAGCCAUUUUGCAGUGGCUGUGGGAUUGCUGAUAUAUCAGUGUCACGCAUCGUUGGAGGACAAGAUGCCACAGCUGGAGAAUAUCCAUUUAUAGCUCUUAUCAAAGUUGGCGGUAGUAUAUGUGGCGGCUCACUCAUCAAAAAGGACUGGGUGGUCACUGCUGCUCAUUGUUUUGUGUUAACUGGGGCAACUGAGGCAGAGGUCUUCUUGGGAGCACAUACCUAUUCGAAUGUAGGAUCUGAUCCUAAUGUUCAACGUUUUGUUUCAUCAUCUGUUACCACUCAUCCAGAUUAUGAUAAAAUCAGUCAAGAUAAUGAUAUAGCACUAAUAUAUCUUGGAAGAGAAGCAACAUUCAACACUCGGGUGCAGCCGAUAUGUUUGGGAGCAGCACAAGAUAUCAGCGCUGGUGAUAAAGCUGUGGUAGCAGGAUGGGGUGUUUUAGAAUCAGGAAGUACAACGGUAUCAGAAACCUUGCAAGAAGUUGCUGUUGAUAUAACAUCAGCUACUAGGUGCAGUUCACUAUAUCAGAAUACAUAUUUCAUCUCAGAAAAUAUGAUUUGUGCACUAACUGAAGGAAAAGAUUCAUGUCAGGGUGACAGCGGCGGUCCCCUUGUAAAGCAGACAAGUGAUGGUCGUUGGGCACUUGUGGGUGUAGUUAGCUUUGGUGAAGGAUGUGCCAACCCAGAUAAACCUGGAGUCUACACUAAAAUAUCCAAUUACAUUGAUUGGAUCACGACAACAACCGGUGGUUCUUCUUGUUAACGUGAAGCUUCAAUGAGGAUAUGUUACUGAUAUGCAAAAAUAUAAAAAUGAAUACACAAAUGUCUUGUUAGUAUUGCAAAGUAAUACAUAGUGGUUGCUAUAAAAUUUAAAAAAAAAUUUAAAAUUAAAAAAGUGUAAAAAAAAAAGCUGGCAAUAACUGUGCAAUUCCAGCCGUUUGGUUGUGAUAAAACAUAUUUAAGGAAGUGUAAUGGCUUUGGGAAUUUACUUCUCAGGUAUUAUUCGCAUAAUAAUGUAUGCCCAUGGCUACCUUCCCUUUAUUUUCAACAUAGUUAUCAAAAGCUGUAUUAUACUGCUAAGACAAACUACUCAGAAAAUAAUUAUCCGUACCUUAGUCACAUUCAUUGCAAUAAAAAAGCAUCAAGUGGCGUGUCAUCUGUAACUUUCCACAGCCAAACUUCUAAUUAACAUCUGCUUUCUUUUCUUUUGGGUGACACAUUCCUGGUGUUGCACUAAUGCCAGCGGUUGCAACAUCAGUUUACAUGAAAUAAAAUCAAUCAAUCAUGCUGAUUCUAAAUUAUUAUGACACUUGACUGUUUAUAGUUGUUGGUAACAUCCGUAUACAUUCUGUAAGAAUGUUCUCAAAGCUUUAGUCUCAGGUCUCAUAUGUUAACUGCUGAAUGACUGGAUUUGCACCAGUGCUUGGUCUACAUCCUAAAUUUCAUGAUUCAUUUAUUCAUUCAUUCCAAACCAUUCCUUAUGUGGCAGAGAAAAUUUCUUUGGCUAUUUUUAUUACUAUGAUAGUGCUCAGAAGUGCAGAAAAAGACAUUACAGAUAAGUUCCUUGUAACAAAUUAUACCUCAUCAGGUUAUUGUGAAAGUGAUCCCGCCAAAAUUAAUACAGACCCUAUACAGUAUCACCAUCCCUUCAUCAUCCUUUUUUUAAAACUGAAGUUACAAUUAAUACAGACCCUAUACAGUAUCACCAUCCUUUCGUCAUCCUUUUUUAAAACUGAAGUUAUUAUUGAAUACAAACUGCAAGUAUAUAAUAGUUCUUUUUUAUUCAUUUAAAGGCAUGCCACUAAUGCUGUUUUUUGGAUACCUCAAAUAAACUAGACAAGAUUACGUUUUUCUGUUCAUGUAUGCUUUGGAAUUUCUAAUUGUAUUUCAUGUUUUGUUUUCUUUGUAAUAAGGUUUCAAUUUUCUGUUUGACUUCAGAUUAAAAAUCAUUGGAAUAUAAAAAUAUUUUUGAUGAAUGCAA